AUGACGAGCGUCACACUCAAAUCACCGGCAAUAAGCGUCUCACUCCCAGAGGGCUUCACAGAAGAGCAGCUCCUCUCAUUCUCGCCCUUCAAUUCCUGGCUCAAGACCUUAUCAAACUCACUCUCUCUGCAACACAGCAAUCCCAAACACCCCUUUCACAAGGACCCCUACGCACUGCGGUCCAUAGCCGUGCAAAGCUACGACCUGUUCGGCGGGAAACACGUGGGGUUUCUCAAGAUACAAGCCCACGUGACCAACUCCGCCGGCGAAUCGCUUCCCGGCGCAGUGUUCCUCCGAGGACCCAGCGUGGGGAUGCUCGUAAUCUUAAUCCCGGAGGAUGCCCAAAACGCAGAAGAAGAGCGCUACGUGAUCCUCACGAUCCAACCGCGCAUCCCAGCAGGCAGUCUAGCGUUCGCAGAGCUACCGGCAGGCAUGGUAGACGACAGCGACGAGGGCAAAUUCGCAGGAACAGCGGCGCGCGAGAUCUACGAGGAGCUAGGGAUCGAGAUCCCGGCGUCGGAAUUGGUUUGUCUCAGCGAUCUAGCGGCGGCGGCGGACAACGAUAGAAAAUCGACAGCGGACGGGGAAGAAGAGGGGCUUCCGUCUGCCAUGUACCCCUCGGCGGGCGGCUGCGAUGAAUACAUCCGCAUUUACAUGCAUGAGAGACGGGUGCCGCGGGACACGCUGAAGGAGUGGACGGGUAAGUUGACGGGGCUCAGAGAUCACGGCGAAAAGAUCACCUUGAAGCUCGUGCCCAUGCACGAUCUGUGGCGUGAAGGUCUGCGAGACGCCAAGGCCCUUACGGCGCUGGCGCUGUGGGAAGGACUGAGACGCGAGGGAAAGUUACAGAGUAAAUUGUGA